AUGGACGACAUCGCCGUCGUCGGCAUCGGCCUUCGCUUCCCGGGUGACGCUUCCUCGCCUGAGGAACUCUGGAAAGUCCUCGAGCGAGGUGAAUCCCAGUGGUCCGAGUUUCCCAAGGAUCGCCUCAACAUCGACGGCUACUAUCAUCCCGGCGGUGACCGUCAGGGCAGCAUCUCCUUCCGCGGUGCCCACUUUCUGAAAGGUGAUUUUGCCGCUUUCGAUGCCUCAUUCUUCUCCGUUGCUGCCGAAGAUGCCAAAGCGAUCGACCCUCAACAGAGAAUUCUCCUCGAAGCCUCCUACGAAGCGCUAGAAAAUGCUGGAAUCAGAAAGGAAGACAUCGACGGAAGCGACACGGCUGUCUACGUCGGCUCAUUUGUCAAAGACUAUGAGCAGGUCUGCCUACGAGAUCCAGACUGGCAACCUCAGUAUGCUGCUACUGGAAAUGGCAUCGCCAUCAUGGCAAACCGUAUCUCAUACUAUUUCAACUUGCACGGGCCCAGCAUGACCAUCGACACUGGCUGUUCCGGUAGUCUGGUGUCUGUACACCUUGCUGCGCAGAGUCUCCGAUCUAGGGAGUCUUCACUGGCUAUCGCUGCUGGCGCCGGCAUGAUCCUCACCCCAAACACUAUGAUGCCUAUGACGGCACUUAACUUCCUCAGCCCCGAUGGCAAGUGUUUCACGUUCGACGCCCGAGCGAACGGUUAUGGAAGAGGCGAAGGUAUCGGUGUCGUAGUUCUCAAGCGUCUUCAAGACGCUCUAAAGGACAACGACACCAUUCGAGCUGUCAUCCGGGCCACCAGGGUCAAUCAAGACGGUCACACUACAGGCAUCACCCUCCCCAGCAAGGAGGCUCAAGUCGAAAACAUCACCUCAAUCUAUGAGUCUGCCGGCCUCGACUUCAAUCAGACUGCCUACGUCGAAUGUCAUGGCACAGGGACGCAGGCUGGAGAUUGGCGAGAGCUCAAGGCCAUUUCCGAGUCGCUGGCCUCUAUACGAACCGUCAGUAACCCCAUCAUCGUCGGCUCCGUCAAGCCAAAUAUCGGCCAUCUUGAAGGCGCUGCUGGCGUUGCCGGACUGAUCAAGGGUGUCCUUACCUUGGAACAUGGGAAGAUUCCUCCUAAUAUCAAUUUUGAGAAUGGCAAUCCCAACAUCGACUUCCAGACCUGGAAGGUCAAGGUACCGACAGAGAUGAUGGAAUGGCCUCUCCACGGGCUUCGUCGUGUCAGUGUCAAUUGCUUUGGCUUUGGCGGCACCAAUGCCCACGUCAUCAUGGAUGAGGCCCCCAAAUACAUGUCGGCCCGUGGGCUUAAGGGCAACCACAACUCCCUCGUCACCAGCUCAGCGAAUGCCUCAACUUCCGAGUACAGUCCUGACAUCGGCUUUGGUCCCCAGGUCUUUUGUUUCUCAUCUCAUGAGAAAUCUGGUCUUCGCCGGGUCAUAGAGUCUCACCUCCCUUACCUGAGCUCCCAAGAGGGAAACGACCCCAACUUCCUUCGCAACUAUGCCUACACACUUGGUUCACGUCGCUCUAACCUCGAAUGGAAGUAUACUAUUGUUUCCUGGUCCCGGGAGGAACUCAUUAAGAAGCUUCAAAGCAUCAAUGAGACCGAUUUCAUCCGAUCUUCGAAGAACAAGGAUCUCAAGAUCUGCUUCCUCUUCUGUGGCCAAGGCGCACAGUUUGCGCAGAUGGGAAAAGACCUUCUGCCCUUUGAGGCGUUCCGCGACAGUCUGGAGGCCGCCUCGUCGUACAUGAAGAAGAAUCUCGGAAGUCCCUUUGAUCUUCUCGAAGAGAUAUUCAAGGACGAAGGCGAAAGCCGCAUCUCUGACCCUCGGAUCGCCCAGCCGGCAACCACUGCUCUGCAAGUCGCACUCGUUGAGCUCUUGGACUCAUUUCUCAUUACCCCUAAUUGCGUCGUGGGCCAUUCUUCAGGAGAAGUGGCAGCAGCCUACGCUUCAGGGGCUCUCACCAAAGAAGCCGCUUGGGAAGUUGCCUAUUACCGCGGCGUAGUGGCCUCUUCCAUCAAUCUCAAGGCCCCUCAGCUUCAGGGCGCCAUGAUGGUUGUCGGUCUUUCCGUACUCGACGUUGAAACUCACUUCAGAACCAGCUCCUACCAAUGCGAGGUUGCAUGCAUCAACAGCCCUCGCUCCACGACGCUGUCUGGGACAAGGGACUGCAUCCUGCGGGCCAAAAACGACUUUUCGGCCAAGAACAUCUUUUGUCAAAUCCUCCCGGUCCAAGUUGCCUACCAUUCUUCGCACAUGGAGUUGGUCGAGAACGAGUACAAAUCGGCACUGACACUCGUCACUCCUCGAGAGCAUCUCAGGGGGGUGAGGAUGUUUUCUUCAGUCACCGGGGCCCCCAUUGAGGGCUCUGGUCUUGGUAAACACUACUGGGCUGAGAACUUGGUGUCUCCAGUCAACUUUCUGGGCGCCAUGGAAUCAAUGUUGAAGCUACCGGCAGAGGAGCGCCCGGAUGCGAUCCUCGAGCUCAGUCCUGUCGCGGCUCUCCGUUCCCCAACUCUGGACAUUGUGUCGAGCAUUGGCCACAAGUUUGGGUCACCUUAUUGCUCACUCUUGCCAGGAAAGGGGAUACCCGAAGCCAUGCCCCUCCUCUCUGCCAUCGGUGGGCUCUGGGCUCGGGGUUGUUCCAUCAGCAUGAAGAAGGUUGUUUCUCGAGGGUCUUAUCAGGUCCCGCUCAAGUGUCUGGCAGAUCUUCCUCCUUAUCCUUGGAACCACACCAAGACUUACUGGCAUGAAUCACACCUUGGACAGGCCAACAGAUUCAGGGAGUUCCCACGGCAGGAUCUAAUCGGCGCCCCCACGGCCGAUGCCAUCUCAUUCGAACCUCGCUGGCGCGGAUUUCUUCGCAUCUCGGAGAACCCCUGGAUUCAGGAUCACCGGGUGCAAAAGACCAUCAUCUACCCUGCUGCUGGCAUGGUUACGAUGGCCCUAGAGGGCAUCCGCCAGCUGAUCAAGGAUGAUAAGAGACUCCUUGGGUACGAGAUCACCGACAUGCGGAUCGACAAGGCCAUGAUUAUUCCAAGCACAGCGCACGGGCUAGAGACGGCUCUGAACUUCAAGCGCGCAUCUCCCGUUACAGUUGAUCAGAAGAACAGUCCCUAUUUCGAAUUCUCCAUCUACUCGAAGCCACUUGACGCUCCAUGGGAACAGCAUGCCACUGGUUUGAUCCAAGCUCGGUACCAACAGGGUGAGUGGAAGGCCACUUUCGGCCAGCAUCAGAAAAGGUACGAGUCUGUCAAAGCUACCUGUGGGAAGCCCAUUGUUCCACGACAGCUCUAUGAACUUCUCGACACUGUCGGCAUGAACUAUGGCACAUUGUUCCAGAACAUUACACAGAUACGCAAGGGCGACCAUGGCUGCGUGAGCCAGGUCCGCGUCCCUGACACAAAGUCGAAGAUGCCAGCCAAGUUUGAAUACGACCAUCUGAUCCAUCCAGCUACUCUCGACUCCAUGUUUCAGACUCUUUUUGCCAUCGACAACGAGCCGAUGGUACCGACUUACAUCAAGAGCAUCUUUGUGUCAUCAGACAUCUCUCGAGACCAGGGCAAUACGUUCGCCGGAUAUGCGACUGCGACACGGAGUGGCAUUCGCGACGCAAAUGCAGACAUUUCCAUGGCGCAAUCCUGCUGGACGAGGCCUUCUGUCGUCAUCAAUGGUCUUCACUUGACAAGAAUUUCCAGUCCAGCCCCUAUUCAAGGAGAAUUCUUACCAACCCAUCGCACCCUCUGCACUCACGUCGUGUGGAAAAGGGAUAUCACGAUGGUAAGAAACCCAACCUCCAUCGAACACCUCAUCAUGGGGAUCGCAUACAAGUACCCAGAACUGUCCAUCCUCCAAGUUGGGGGCAGCAAGUGUAUUGCAAAGAAGGUUGCAAACAGUUGCUGGCUCGCUGGAGAUCUUGAGGUGCAGACACUCAGGAAUGAGGACUGGGAUUGUAUGGUUGACCGAGAGAAACCAUGGCUUUCUCGCUUUUCCCUGGCUCAGAUCUCUGAAAACGACGACUUACUCGACUUCCUUUCCACUUCCAAGGGACGCACCUUGAAGGGACUCGUCGAGAAGAGAUCUAUCGAUGGUCCUGAGCCUAUGCCGAAGUAUGAUCUGAUCAUUGCCUGUAAUCGAGAAGGCGUCGACAUUUCCCGCCUGCUCAAGCACCUCAAACAGCCUGGGUUUCUCCUCGAAGCUUGCAGUGAGACCACGACAGGGCUCAUUGAAGAAGAGGUACUCUCUUUCCUACCUUCGGAGGUUGAAAACAUUGGGAAUUUAAAAUUCCGAGUGCACCGUCAUGAUCCUACUUUUAAGCCAGACACUGCGACUAAUGUCAUAGUUCUGCUGCCCACGGAGCCUCAGCCAGAAGCCACAUCGUUCAUUCUUCGAUUAGGCAUCAGACAUCCUUGGUGGGAGAUUCAGCCCAUGCAUCUCUCUGAGGUGCUUGAGGACCCUGCGAGAGUUAAGGGCAAGGUGGUCAUCUCCUUACUUGACUUUGCCUUGGGCGAAGCCAAAGACGCCUCGGUGUUUCACUGGAACGAAGAUGGCUUCAAAGCUUUCCACGCCCUCCAGAAGAACGCCAAGGGGAUUCUCUGGGUCACUCGCGGCGCAACUAUGUCGGGCAAGAACCCCAAAGGUGCCCCUAUCAUCGCCCUGAGUCGCACCUUGGUCUCUGAGGACCCCCUCAAGAUCAUCGUGACGUUUGACCUUGAUAUAGGAACGUCCCUGAACUCUGACCGUGUGAUCAGCUACAUCUAUCUUAUCUUCGCCCGGUCGUUCAAAGCGGAUAAAGGCCCAUUCCCUCGUGAGUUGGAGUAUGCCGAACGAGGGGGCUUCGCCUUUGUCCCACGCCUGAGCCCCCUCCAUCCGCUCAACAACAUUGUCGAAAAUGGUAUUUCGACUCGAGCUCUCAACGUACCUUUUCAUUCGCACCAGCGUCAUCUCAAGCUACACCUUGAGCGCCCGGGCCUCGGUGGCGAUGACAUGAACUUCGUUCCUGGUGACACAUUCAACACCAAAGCCGGCGACGUCGAGAUCGUAUUCGACAGUGCUACCCUCAACCAUGCCGACUUGGAGACUGUCAUAGGAAGAACUGUUGACUCGGUGGUAGGAGCUGAUUUCCGCGGCGUUAUUACUCGAAUGGGUCGCAAUGUGUCUGGAUUGCUGCCAGGUGAUCGUGUCAGUGCUCUCGCGGUUGAUGGCUCCUUGCAGAACACCAUGCAGAUCGACCGCCGCUUCGUCAGAAAGUGGCCAUAUGAUCUACCCCUAAGCCAAUGCGUCAGCGCUUAUCAUUCACUUGUGAAGGUGGGACGACUAGGUCAAGGCAAGACGGUGCUUGUCCACACUGGAGCCAGCUCGUUCGGCUUGGCUGCUAUCGCUGUGGCAUCUCCACUGUCCAUUGAAGUCUUUGCAACCAUCAAGAGACCAGAUUUGGGUCACCAACGAACUGUUCUGAAACAACUGGGUCUAAGGAAUGAUCACAUCGUUCAGGCUGACUCGGAUGACUUUGUCAAUGUUGUUUGCGACCGUACUGGAGGCAAGGGCGUGGAUCUUGUUUACAACUCGACUCAAGACCACGUUGAGGCCAACUUCAAGUGCGUCCGCAAAGGUGGCACCAUCGUUCAGUUUGCAAGCAGGUCAUCUUGCCCACCUCCUAUCCGUGUCACGUCAACUUCUACCUCGCUUAUCAGCUUUGAUUUGGCGAACCUGCUAAAGGACGACGCAGAUUACGUCUCUGAGCUCCUCGAUGAGCUUGUCAAUCUCGCAGGGCUUAGCGAGGAAAAGUUUGCUGUGAGCAAAGAUUUCCUCAGGUGUGUUGAGCUGCCCAAUAUUAAGCAGGCAUUCGAGCUUGUUGAGAAGAGCCCAUAUCUUGGCCUUGUUGCAGUCACUGGAGGCCUCAGAUCCAACCCGCUUGUGCCAACACGAGCUCCCAAGCCUGUCAAGUCUCUUCGCGAGGCCCUUUGCAGCAAGUCUACAUAUCUUCUAGCAGGGGGGUUGGGUGGACUUGGCCGCAGUAUCUGCGAACUACUGAUCAACAACGGGGCAGAGCAUAUCGCCUUUUUGUCACGUUCCGGUGCCUCGUCUGAGACCUCUCGCCUCUUCAUUGAGGAUCUCAACGAGAAGGGUAUCCACGUGCAAGUCUACCAGGUCGACAUUUGCGAUGCAGAAGCUCUAGAGAAGGUGAUCGAGCACGACGUCUUGCUGGACAUGCCCCCCAUCAAAGGCGUCUUCCAAUGUGCUGCCGUCAUCAAAGAUGCCGUCUUCGAGAACAUGACUUUCUCGGAUUGGAAUGCCGCAUUCAGGCCGAAGGCGAUCGGUUCCGACAAUCUUGUUCGAAUCAUCUCAGCUCAUACCGAGAAUCCCUUCUUCAUCUUUCUUUCCAGCUCGGCGGGAGUCAUCGGCAACCGAGGCCAGGCAAACUAUGCCGCUGGAAAUUGUUUCCAAGACGCUCUCGCUUGUAGCUACCGAUCCGAAGGCAAGCAUGCGGUUUCUAUCGACCUUGGGCCGGUCCUUGGCGCGGGAAUGCUCACAGAGGAUGACGAGAUCCUCAACAAGCUCCGAGCCAGUGGCUUCUACGGAAUUCGACACCAAGACUUCCUCACGGUGAUCACACACGCAAUCACCAUGAAGGUUACUCCUACGACUGCUAUGCCUCCUCAAGUCAUUAUGGGCAUCGGAACUGGUGGUCUAAUCCGACAGAACCAGCCAGCUGACCCAUACUGGACCCGGACUGCCCUCUACAGCCAUCUCAACCAGGUUGACAUGCCACCUCCUGACCUGACGGCGGUGGAUGACUCCGAGAAGGCCGACAUGAGAUCCUUGCUCUCUCGCUGCGCCAAUACGGAAGCAGCUGCUCAGAUCGUCACGACAGGCCUCUCUCAGAUGCUGGCCAAGGCCAUGAACAUGCUUCCCGAGGAGAUUGACACCGGAAAGCCACCCAACGUGUACGGAGUCGACUCGCUUGUUGCUGUUGGAGUCCGCAACUGGGUUGUGACCAACUGCGGAGUCGAAGUGUCGGUAUUUGAAGUCCUAAGCGACAAGACAAUUGCCGGGCUGGGUGCAGAAGUUGCCAUGAGAGGUGGUUUUGGGCUGGACAAGAACUGA